AUGGCUUCUGAUGGCCCUGAGGUGGCCUUGCCGCCUUUCGAGCGCAUCUUGCUGCUGCUCGGGCUAGAGAAGUUGCCGAUGGCGGAGGAGCUGCGCCUGAUGGUCGGCGGUCGCUUCCGCGUGCCGCAACAAGUCCAGCUCACCGACAUCCUGAGCGCGAUGCAGUCCACAGUCGCGCUCGCCAACGUCGCGUCGUGGUUCUCGCACCAGUUCGACCCGACCGACGACGUGGAGCAUUACCUGCAGGACGUCAUCCGCAUGCACCACUACGUCACCUCCCACGACCGACAGCGGCAACUACGCAGCAACCACCUCGGCUGUCUCGAGUCUCCAAGGCGAAACGAUAGUGGGGUUAUUAGCGCCAAUACCAGCACAGUCACCAAGCAGCUCAUGCACUUUUACGCCUCCUUCGCAGACAGCCGAGACCGCCACCUCCUCACGAAGAUCUACCAGACGCUGGGGCUCUCGCGCGCGAUCACCUACUGCGUCGUGGCCAAGACGCUGUCAUUCAAGUUCCAGAAAGAGUUUCUCGACCUGUUCGCGGAGGAUCUACCCGAACUGCGAGACUGGAUCAAUUGGCUGGAUGAACUGGAUCAUGCCGUGCUUGCUACGAGUCGAGGAAGCGACGAAGAUGAAGUGGACGGUGAGGUAAUUUACGGUCCUGGCUACGAAAGUGCCGUAAGUUUCGUUAGUAGAGCCAUCCGUGAGCACUGUAUGUUGACGUGGUUGAAUCUGUUGCGGCCUCUGGACACCGCCAAGCGACUUGCGCUUAUCGAUGCGGUCCACAAGCUCCUGGCCGCGUCGAACAACAGCGGCUUCUUGUCCACAACCACCAGUACGUUGAAGAAGCUGGGCAGAUUUUACGAGACCACCGGCAUUUCAGCCGCCAAGCUGCUGGAUCUGGAUGUGGCGGUGCGACGCGAGUUGUCAUUGCUGCUGGAAGAGUUCCCCACCAUCAUCUUGAUCACGCUCUUCGCCAAGUUCAACAGCGAGAGGAUGAUCCAUUUGGUCGUCAAGCGCGGCCUGCCAUUCUUCCCGAAGAACGACUUGCUGAGGAUGCUGGAGGCGUUGGCUCCAGCUGAGCCGAACGCUAUCGAGGUGUUCGUGGCCACGGUCUUCAGCUUCGGCCGCAAGAAGGUGGACUUCUUGCUCCUGUUCCUCACCUUCUCCAACCAGAGCCAGCUGCGGUUCUUGGACCUCAUGGUCGCUACGUCCAACUCGCCUUUGAAUGCCGACCCAGAGGAGGAAGAAGACCCGUACGACGCCUUUGCGAGUCAAUCGCACCUGCGCGGGAACUAUUUCUUGCUCAAGCUCUUCCUGUACGCUCGCCUGAACUCGGCGGACCUUGUGAUCCAGAAGCUGUCCACACUACCGAGCGACAUGGCUCAGCAGUUGAUGUACGGAGUGGAGGUUCGCACAGCAGACGACUUGGUGGUGCUCGGUCGGGGGCUUGAACUCAUUCAGCUGCAGUGUCUUCAACCUUUUCUGCGCUUAUUUCUUGCGAUUCACCUCGAGUGGCGUGAGACGCUCGUGAAGUUGGUGGAAGAUAUGCCAGGCGAGGAAACGCUGCCGCUUUACGACACGCUGCUCAGUCUCCAUGCCACCAAUAACACUGAGUUUGGUGAUGAUAAGGUGACGACAGUCCUUCAAAUGCUCACCAACCUUGAACGGAAGGACAAGACACUUCUCUGUCGAGAUAUCCUCGUGAAUCACCCAGAUACCCAAGCUGACGGGGCUGGGACAGCCUCCCCGUCCUCGACCGAAAUCCACGCCAAAGUCCUGUUAUACCUCUGCGAGUGCGAACUCGCGCGGCACAAGGUGCUGCGUCUUCUCCGCGUCAUUCCGUUCGUGGAGUACGAUCGCCUGCUCUUCUUCCUGCGCACGCAGCGGAUGCCUGAGCAAGUGGCUUUGACUCGCCUCAUGCUGAGCAUGCCCUGCGACGCCAACUGCCGGCUCUUAGCGAAGAUGUCGGCGUGGUCCACUGAAGCCCUCGACGCCUUCUUCCAGCUGCUACUGAUGCUCGCCAAGGUCGAGUACAAAAUGUUCGCAAAGUUGAUGGGCUCGCAGUACGUCAGCGCCGAGCAAUUGGAGGUGUUUAUCACAGUGGCGGUGGACAUGAUGAACCAGGCUUCUAGUCGAGAGCUCGUCAUCUUCGCUGCUGAACUGCCCGUCCACAUCCGGAAUCUGCUCUUCGAGAUGCUCGUGGAUCGACCGGAGAAGGGGGUUCUGCUGCGCAUCAUCAGCUACUCGACUCGGAUUCCUCCCGAGUUGAUGCACGUCCUGGUCGCGCUGCUCCACCGCAUGUCGUGGGAUAUCCGUUCGUCUUUCGUCGAGCAGCUUCGUGCCUUGGACGGACCGAACGACGUACAGAACCUCGCAGACGUAGCGUCCAACCUCGAAGACAACGAGUCGCUCCGGCUGCUGGUUUUGCUCUUCAACCCGCUGCAAACCACCAUCCGAGUGAGCCUCGUAGCCAUUUUCCUGAAACUUACGGUCCGCGAGCGAGCAUUGGCGCUCUCCAGCCUGGUCAAGAUGCCCAAGAGCUCGGUGAGCGUAUUCUGUACAGCCAUGUGUAGCCCGAGCUGUGAACCGGUAAGCCCCUCAUUCUGCCGCGUUAUUGGGCUGGUUGACGAGGGGUACCAUGCACCACUGCUCCGCUUACUGAAGAGCGAGCCGCAGUGGUUCUUCCUGCGUCUGAUGGCCGAGUACUGCGACGUUGGUGAGAAGAGUCAAGCCGAAGUUACGGAGCUGCUGGAUCGGGUGGCGAGGGUCGUCUGUAUGUUCACAGUCGACGAGCAUUUCUUGGUCUUGCGAGACGUGAUCCGGGAGGCUUUGGCGGACGCGUUGGCUCUGAACGAUAUAGUGGCUGUGCUGUCGUUGUUCCCUGAGGUGACGAAGCUGCUCGACUUCCUCCGCUACGUCAGCGGGUUUGCCAAGUACGCGCGCUCGAGCCUGCUCUUCCGCGUGCUCUCGAAGUACGAGCAGCCCGCGUUCAUCUUCGAAAUGUGCCGCAUAUUGGACGUGGACGACGCCGUCUUCGCACUGAAAAGACUAGAUCGAAUGUGGCAGCGAAGACACCAAGAGCUGGACAAGGCGAUGGAGCCCCUCGCCACUUUUAAUGCACAAGUGAAAGACGACUUCUGUGACCUCAUCGUAGGCUUCAGAGGGCUCUCAGCAGCUCUGGACGAGGCAAAAGCGAACGGUCCCCUCCGACUUCCAAGCGCGACACCCCUGUCACACCAACCCGUUCCGCUCUCUCGACAUCUGCAACGAACCAGGCCGGACCAAGCCUUCCCUCGCAAGCGAACCGAGCGGAAGGCCUGGUGGCAGGACCUCGAUGACACCUCCUUCCUCUUCUUUUCGACGGCCGAGAACCAGCAAUCACCAACACAACAAGCUCAAGACUCUCCAGUAAAGUCGCCGAAAAACCUCCCUCCUCCACGCGCUUGCAAUGCGCCCCUCAGUCGGUCCGAGUCAGCACCAGCAACAUUAACCUUCGAGAACGAGAGUCCGUGGAGCAAGCAAAAGCGAUCGCGCGGUGUGGCUGCAGCGCUCGACAGUCCGCUUGAGUUCCACGUCGGGCGGGAUAAAGGCGCCGACUUCCUCCAGAAACAGCGCGAGCGCGUCUAUCAGGAGAAGGGAGCGUCACGUAUUCGGCACGCCAGGACCCCAGCGGCACUAGCGCAUGUCAUGGAGGCCCGCGUGAACCGAGCGCUGGGCAUGCGUCAGCUGACUCUGCACACUGCGUUGUCGCCGCUCUCCCGCCCUGACCCGCACACGGUAGAAAACGCAGUAGUGAUGCUAGCAAAGGCAGCACAGCUUCGGGAAUCCACGCCGCAAGGCUUUAUUACGGAGCCUCCCACGCGAGGCAUUCCGCCAGUGAGGCAUCACACACGCACGCUACCAACCAGUCCGCCAACUCCAGCAACUAGUUUGUCUCCGCACCUGAAACUCGACAAAGACGUCAGCUGCGAGCCUCUUGCUCCGUGGUGA